AUGAGAGGUAACGCAGCAUUAGCCACAGGCAUAGCCUCAUUGCUGCUUGUCUUCUCCUCCAUGCCCAUUUGCCAAGCACAGCUAGGCCUAGGUGAAGCAAAAGUGAGCUACAUCGAUUUCUACUUACAUGACCUCCUUGUCGCAGAUAAGCCUACGGCAGUGACGGUGGCCAAAGCCAACACGACAAGCGCCUCACCCACUGUCUUUGGCGAGGUUGUCAUUGCGGACGAUCCCUUGACCGAAGGGCCAGAGCUUACAUCCAAGUGGAUUGGGAAGGCGCAAGGCCUGUAUGCUUUCUCAUCCCAAAGUGAAUUCAGUUUGUUCAUGGCCCUCAAUUUAGCAUUCACAGACGGCGAGUUCAAUGGUAGCACUCUCACUGUGAUAGGGAGGAACCCAGUUCAAGAAAAGGUGAGGGAGUUGUCAAUUGUUGGAGGUACUGGAGCCUUCCGCCUCGCUAGUGGCUAUGUUCUUAUACAAACCUUCUUCUUGGAUACAACAACUCUGAAUGCUGUAGUCCACUACAAUGUAACCGUUAUCCACUACUGA